AUGAAGUUCGGCAAGAGCCUGAGCAGCCAGAUCGUGGAGACGCUGCCGGAGUGGCGCGACAAGUUCCUGUCCUACAAGGACCUCAAGAAGCGGCUCAAGCUCAUCGGCAUCGGCGCCGACGGCGAGGAGCGGCAGGCCAAGCGGGCCCGCGUCUCGGACCCCGCCGGGGACGGCGGCGACGAGGCGGCGGCGGCGGCGAUGACGCCCGAGGAGGCGGACUUCAUGCGGCUCCUGGAGGCCGAGCUCGACAAGUUCAAUUCUUUCUUCGUCGAGAAGGAGGAGGAGUACAUCAUCCGCCAGAAGGAGUUGCAGGACAGGGUCGCCAGGGCGGCCGGGAUGGAGUCCAGGGAGGAGCUGCUGCGUGUGCACAAGGAGAUCGUCGACUUCCAUGGCGAGAUGGUGCUGCUUGAGAAUUACAGCGCCCUCAACUACACCGGGCUGGUGAAGAUUCUCAAGAAGUAUGACAAGAGAACUGGGGCUCUUAUCUGUCUGCCCUUCAUCCAAAAUGUGCUGCUUCAGCCUUUCUUCACCACUGACCUCCUGUACAAGCUUGUGAAGGAGUGCGAGGCCAUGCUCGACCAGCUCCUGCCAUCAAGCAAACCAUCUGUAUAUAUUGAAGAGGGAAAGGAAGAUGGCAACACUGCGGACCAGCCUCUGAACCCCAGUUCUUCCUUGGCUAACAGCAGAUGUAUUCCGGAGCUUGAUGAGAUUGAGUUCAUGGAGAGCAUGUACAUGAAGAGUACGGUCGCCGCGCUUAGGGCUCUGAAAGAGAUCCGAAGCAAAAGCUCGACAGUCAGUGCUUUCUCGUUGCCACCUCUUCAGGGAAACAAUGCACCCGAAGAGCAGGAAAGGUGGACGAAGAUAUCUGUGAUCGAGCAGGCUGCCAAAUGA